AUGAGCCAUCAUCUAUAUGACGGUGAAGAUCAUACAGCAAAGUAUCGUCUUCACAGGCCUGGCUAUCCAAAAGAAUUAUUCGAACAUAUUAUUGAUUAUUAUUUUAAUAGUAAAAUUACAAAUGAAAAAAUUCCACUUGCACUCGAUAUUGGAUGUGGAAGUGAUCAAGCAACAGCAGAUCUUAGUCCAUUUUGUGAACGAAUUAUUGGUAUUGAUGUUAAUAAUUCAAUAGCUGAUGCUAUUUUUCAUGAAUUUCAUCAUGUUUUGUUAUUUCCACAUUGGAAUAUAAAACAACGAUUAGUUGAUGAUUAUUAUGAAUCACUUGUACCACUUUUUCCAUAUAAAUCAACAUUACGUCAAUAUACAAUUGAAUCAUCAGCUCGUCAAACAUAUAGAAAACAGAAUGGUGAACAAGCAUAUCAAGAUAUGUUAAAUACAUUACGUCAUAAAUUAACUCAAUGCUAUAUUAAAACAGAAGUUAAAAAUGAUAAUGAUGAAACUAUAGAUUUUAAUUCUAUUAAAAUAACUCUUCGAGAUCAAUUCGUCUUUAUUUAA